GCCGCGCAACACGCGCCGCCAUGUCGCCGUGUGCGAUGUCGCCGUGCCACGCAUGGCUGAUUCAGCAGACGAAUCCGGAUCAUCCAAUUGAGGUGGGUUCAGGGGUUUCCAUUGGUCGCAAGGAUUCCUGUCGGAUCAAGGUCGAUGGCAAAACCAUCAGCGCGGUGCAGUGCGAGGUGAAAUGGACAGCGCAGUUGCAAUGCUUUCAGCUGGUCGACCGCAGUUCCAACGGCACCUUUUUGAACGGUCAGUCCUUGGGAAAGGGCGAAGCUUCGCGACUGACGGAUGGCGAUCAGGUGCAACUUACUAAAGGCUGGCAGCAGAACAGUGAAUUGCAGUUCACCUUCGUCACCUCCUUCGUGAAGCUAGGUGUGAAGGUGAAGGAUGCGCCAGACCUCAACGCCAAGAUGGAGGAGAGUUCCAUCGCGCCACCGGAGCUUGCGGAGGUGACGGAGGCUGUCGCUCCGGACGCGGCAGUCGAUGGGGAGAAGGUGAAACUUCAGGAAGCCUUGGCUGAGGCGGAAGCUCGUGCUGCGUCGCUGUCCGCGGAAUUGGCCCAGAUCAAGGAGCAGCUGAGUGCAGAUGCAGAGCUUCCAGCUGCCGUGGAGGUUCCAACCGCGGUGGAGCCGUCCGAAGUGGAGACCGAGAGGAUCCAGCUCUUGGCGCAGGUGGACGACGCUCUGAAAGAGGCCGCGCGAGAGGAGGGCAUUUGCAGUGCCCACAGGGAACUCAUGGAGGAUUGCCACAAAGUGCAGGAAGCUUUGCUAUUGGAGUUGAAGGAGCUCUUUGCGAAUCGCGAGUCCUUGGUCCAAGAGAAGCGUCGCUGCGAGGAGAACACCACGGCCUGUCGUGCGGUGGAGAAACGCGUGCAGGACCUGGCUAAGGCCAAGCAGUCGGAUGUGAAGGAUUUACAGCAACAAGCUCGAGGUCUGAUCUCGGAGAUUCACAUCGAAGGCACCUCCUUAUCUCAACGGAUCCCAUCAGACGACCGUCGUGAGGAGGGGCACAACUUGGAGUCACCAGCGAAGCGGUGCAAGGUCUCGAGCAUCGACACGGGGACGCUCUUUGCUGAGACCAUGGCCCUGGGGUAGGAUUGGGGUAGUGGAUCAGCGCCACCAGAUUUUUC